GAUCCUUUUCCUAGGAUAUUGUAUAACUGCAAUUUUUCUGUCCAGACAUGGCGGAGGAAACUAUCAGUGGGAGAUUUCUAAGUCGGAAAUGGUGGAAUUCAUGAGGAUCUCAUACAUUGCAACGCUCUUCUAUGCUCCCAUGGCAUUAUUCGUCAAAGUCGCUUUACUGACCCUCCUGGCGCGGGUCUUCAAACCAUAUCGGAAAUGGGUGUUAGCCAUAAACAUCAUCCUGGGAAUUGUGUUAGCAUACUACAUUCCAGCCUUCAUCAUCAAAAUCCGUAUUUGCAAUCCCAUCUCUUCCUACUGGUAUGGCACAGACAGGGGUGGCUCAUGUCUGGAUCAAGGAAGGGUCAUCCUUGCCGACUCCGUCAUGAGUGUUGUAACGGAUCUUGCAAUUCUCAUCCUCCCGCUGCCAUUAACGUGGUCUCUUCAUAUGCCGUUGGAGAAAAAAUUGAAGGUUGUUGGGCUUUUGAGUGCCGGUGGGCUUGCGACCGGGUUUAGUUUGUAUCGGUUGGUUAUGAUUGUGCAGGACGGACAGUCCUCAGAUCAGACAAUGGUCUUCACUCGGGUUGUGCUGACCGGAAAUGCUGAAGGUGCGGUUGCCUUGAUAUGCGCUUGUCUUCCAGCAUUGAACAUUCUCGUCAGCCAAAUCCCCAAGAGUUCCAAUGCGUCGAACAGCCAAGGAUUCCAGUUCAGCAAAAUCCGGCGGUCUAGAAACGAUACCACUAGAAAAGAUCACGAAGAUCAUGAAGAUGGGUCAGGGUUUUGUUCUGAUGAGAGGACAUUGAUAUCCAAUAUUGAUGCUUCUCGGAGUCUACCCGAUUCAAUAGAUGCUGACGGCCACAUGGGAACCGGCAUGGGUAUAAUGAAAAGUGUGGCUGUUUCUCAGUCCGUGGUGGUUGAUAAACGAUGA